AGAAGAAGAAGAAGUUUCGAGAGAGUGAGGGGCAAAACAACAUGGCGAGAGAUGACACAACUACGAAAUACUGAAACUAAUUAAACUUGAGAUGCUUACAACAACAGUGCUUUAAGGAGUGGUAAGGAUAAAGUGUUAGCAUAACUUCUCCGUCAGUCACACGCACUGUAAGUUAGUUAGUUAGCUGACGUUAGCCGACCUGUCAGCCGGUGAGAAGCCGCAGCAUGUCGGUGCACUUCGAGGAGAGGAGUGGUGUUGUCCCCUGCAAGACACCCUGGGGCUCCUGGUACCAGACCAUGGAGGAGGUUUUCAUCGAAGUCAAUGUGCCUCAUGGGACUUCUGCUAAAGAGGUCAAGUGUCGUUUGGGAUCCAGAGACAUCGAGCUUCAUGUCAAAGGGAAGGAAAUAAUUAAGGGUAAGUUGUUUGACACAACCAUGUCUGACGAGGCCACAUGGACAUUAGAGGACAAAUGUCUCAUCCGGAUCGUUCUGAUGAAGACUAACAGAGAGGCAGGGAACUGCUGGUCCUCCCUGCUGGAGGGGGAGUACUGUGCAAACGCCUGGGUCCAGGACCAGAUGCAGAGGAAGCUCACACUGGAGAGAUUCCAGCGGGAGAAUCCAGGAUUUGACUUCAGCGGUGCAGAGAUAUCUGGGAAUUUUGCUGGUGGUGGUCCAGACUUUUCCAGUUUACAGAAGUGACCGGUGUUGUGAUGCCAAAAACAUGUUACAUGCUGGAGAUGUCACCUCACCUCUGCCAAAUGAACACUACUGAGGACAUCGUUGGCGUGCAGAGGACCAGUGGAUUAAUCAGAGCUCCUGAGAGAAAAAGAUUUGCCUUCAGAACUUUAACACCAGGUGGUCUACAAGACUGUACUGUUCAACAGAGACUCAUCUGGCUUGUUUAGGCCUGAUUUGGCAAGUUGCAAGACUCAGUAUACAGGCAGAACGAUUUAAAGAAACUGUUUUAUCUGGUUAUAAGAAGCCUUUGUGAUGUGUCUUUUAAUAAUGAGAAGAAUGCACAAGGAAUAGCUUUUCAAUAAAGUUUUAUUGAAAGGUACAAGAACAUAGGUUAACGAGAUGGUGUAUUCAAUUAGCCAUUUUGAAUUUGAGAACACAUUUUAUUUUUACCACUAAAGGAAACUUCUACUAGACGGGGAAACUGGCAAAGAAAAUGCAAUACAAAUUCCAAUCCA